AUGCUUGUUCGCUCACACUGGAUCGCUGGUCUUCGGCGCGCGGCGAGACUCCGCAACGGCCAGGUGAGGACUCUGAGGGCGCGACCGGAUGUGGUGGUCAAACGCAGUUCUGUGCAGCUGGAUUCGGCGCUGCCCGCAGAUCCCCCAAGACCUCGGUCCAAGUUCCAGAAGGCUAAUACGACAGAUAUCCAGUCUGCCAGCAUCAGCAAGCCGCCAGCACAAAUAGAGCGCGAGAUGAAGCACCAGUUUGAAAAAGACGACUUGGACUACGACCCGGAGUUCGUCCAGGAGCUGAUCCAGCAGUCCCAGCAGGAGGAGAAGAUGUACAAGGAUAUUCUGCAGCACCCGGAGAAGGCAAAGGAGUACACCGCCAAGGAAAUGCAGGCCCUUGUGGAGUGGCUGGUGAGGGACUGUGAGGAGUUUCUGGCCAACCAGGACGUCGAUACGGAGCAGCGAGACAAGGAGCUGGAGCAGACUGUCGAUCGCAUGAUCAACAGCGAUCCGACGCCAGAGAACAUGGCAGACGCCUUUAGCGGCAUGGACAAAAUCGCACAGGGGCUCAAGAGGCCUGGCGUAGAAAAGCUCGUGCAUUUUCUGAGCAUGAUCUGCAAAAAGGGUAACGAGGAGCUGAGAAAGUAUAUUCCGCUGGACAGUCUGCUCAGAAUAUUUAAUAUCUCGACGCAGAUCAGAGACCUGGAAACGCGCGCAAAAUGCAUCCACAUGGCCGGCAACCUCAUAUAUUCCGCCACAGAUGCGCGAGCAGACCCAAUAAACGAAAUGUUCUACAUCGAGUCGCUCAUGAAGUUCCACAAGGGCCAGACGGCAGAAAGACUUUACAACAGCCGUCGCCAGAAGCCCGACGUGGCUGGCCAGCGGUUCUGGAACGAGCUGGGAAUCCGCGUGUAUCUGGAAAACCGGAAAGUCGACGAAGCUGAGGCGCUUGCUGCCGAGACAAAGCAGCAGUUCCAUUACCUGCACCCUACAGUUUGUCUCAGCUUUGCAGACUGGUACUUGGCCAAGGAACGGUUUGAAGAUGCGUUUCGGUGGUGGGGCAAGCUGCGCGCGGUGAUGAACAGUCUGGGCCUGAUCGAGUCGCUGCCGCAGCCCGAGACACAGCUCCUGGACGACCAGCAGCUCGUGUACAGCUACCACAACCGCGAGGACCCCGUGACGUUUGAUCACGUGACCGAGCUGGCGAUCGCGUUCUUGCAAUGGAGGCGGUACGACGAGGCGAUGGAGAUCUUGGAGGUGACGACGCGGCGCGACAAGCGGUUCCUAUUUUAUUUCAUGGACAAGUUCCACACGAGCAUGAGCUUUCCGCAGCGCGAGAUGCUGCGGCACGUUCUUGAGUCUUCGAGCUACCACCCGUCGAUGUCGAAAUAUAUGCUGAGCGAGCUUGCGAGCGCGAACCAGACGAGAUCGUUCGAGCAGGCGGAGAUCCUCGACGGCAUUGCCACCUCUCUGCGUGAGAUUCUGGACCUAAAAAUCGUCUCUCCCAAAGAGCGUAUCGUUGCUUCCUCUAUAAUGGACUCCAUAAAGGCCGGACAGUGUCUGACCUCCAUGGAGUGUCGGGAGCUGUUUAAGAUGCUUUUGCGCAUUAAGUCGAAGAAAACGUAUGUUUUGGUGACACAGGUGCUCAACGAGAUGAACGACACGUUUGAGCAGAUGUCCAGUUCCAACAAGCUCCAGAUAUUUCCACCAGUGUCGUCGCAUUUUUACCUGUUGCUGGUGCAAUUAUUUGGGCGGCAGAAAAAACCGGAUCUCGCGAAAAUCGAGGCCAUUGUGAGGCUGAUGGAGUCCAAGGGCAUUGGAAUGGUGACGCUGAUGGCGAACCAGCUGAUUCUCACCUACAAAAAAGCCGGCAGGCCGGAUCGUGCGAUCGAGUUUGCGCAGCACUACAUGAAUACCAACGAGAAUUUCCAGCUCACCAACGAUUUCUGCAGAAUAACGAUUUCCGUGUACAGACGCGUCCAGAUGAAAUCGGCCACGGACAAGCUUGCGUACAAAAGACGAUUGCACGAGAUACAGGAUAUAUUCAGAAGAAUAUGCCAUGCUCCCGGCUUCGAUGUGAGUCCGGAGCUACUAAAUGAGCUGACUCUGACAUUUUUGAAAUACGGCGACUACGUGUCGGCUAUUUGUUCACUGCAGCUGUACGGAAUGGUGUGCAAUAAAAGCUUGGAGAAGACGACUCUUUUGCUGGUCAACGAUUACCUGGAAAAAUCGUUUUCCAAGAUGAAAUCCAAGCUCACGGAAUACGAGAACGAUCAAAUGCUAGCGAGAAUAUCACAGAUGCGCGAGACGAUCGGGUUCAAGUCGCUACAGAAUUUGUCGAACAAUCCGCUCGAUCUCAAUUGGAGAGACGCCGCUUCGUACAUCAUCCGGUACUUGAACGUGUUCGACUUCAAUCCCAACCCCUAUUCGCUGAAAAAUCACGACGGACACUUUACUUCAACGCAGGAGAACGAAGAUGCCAAGACCCGGUUUGAGACGCAGCUGCUUAAAUCCCAGGAAGAGUACCAGCUGCCAAAAGUCCAUUUAUCGGAUAUUGUACAAUUAUAG